GCGCCCCCGCUGCCCUGGGCUCGCGGGCUGGACUCCGGGGCGCGCACGCCUUGCGUGCCUACCGCUCGGGACCGUGCCUGGUGUGGCCCGGAGCCCCGCAGUUUGGCCAGCCAUGUUCCUCUCCGCGGCGCUACCGGCCCGCGCGGCCGGCCUCGCCGCCCACUGGGGAAAACAUAUAAGAAAUCUGCAUAAGACAGCUGUUCAGAAUGGAGCUGGAGGAGCCUUAUUUGUGCACAGAGAUACUCCUGAGAAUAACCCAGAAACUCCAUUUGAUUUCACACCAGAAAACUAUAAGAGGAUAGAGGCCAUUGUGAAAAACUACCCGGAAGGGCAUAAAGCAGCAGCUGUGCUUCCAGUUCUGGAUUUAGCCCAGAGACAGAAUGGAUGGCUGCCCAUCUCUGCUAUGAACAAGGUUGCAGAAAUUUUAAAAGUACCUCCAAUGAGAGUGUAUGAAGUAGCAACUUUUUAUACAAUGUAUAAUCGAAAGCCUGUUGGAAAGUAUCACAUUCAAGUCUGCACUACUACGCCUUGCAUGCUCCGAAACUCAGACAGCAUACUGGAAGCCAUUCAGAAAAAACUUGGAAUAAAGGUUGGAGAGACUACACCUGACAAACUUUUCACUCUUAUAGAAGUGGAAUGUUUAGGGGCCUGUGUAAAUGCACCAAUGGUUCAAAUAAAUGACAACUACUAUGAGGAUCUGACACCUAAAGAUAUUGAAGAAAUUAUUGAUGAACUCAAGGCUGGCAAAAUCCCCAAACCUGGGCCAAGGAGUGGACGUUUCUCCUGUGAGCCAGCUGGAGGUCUUACCUCUUUGACUGAACCACCGAAAGGACCUGGGUUUGGUGUGCAAGCAGGUCUUUAAUUUAUAUCCAGCUGUAAAUAAGUCAGUGGAGAAAUAUGAAUCUCCUAUCUACCUAAACUUUUUAUAUUACUUAUUCAUUUCCAUCUGUGUACACCUUGCUUGUAACCUAGCAACUUACAGCUGUUAAGUAUCAUGUCAGAACUUCAGAGCAUCAUUUUCAACUGCCUGUUCACUUACCAAUAUUAGGGUACUGUGAAAUAAAAAUUCUGUCAAAUUUCAAGUA